GUUUUGCUUGCAGAAAGAAGUGAUGAGGCUAUUUCAAUCUUGCCCUACUUGUGGGACCUCAGGAAUGAAAAGAGCCCAAGUCUCUGGGGCAGAAGGCAGAAGCAGUUAAAGAACUGGAAGGUCGGGGUUAGCCCUCACUUAACAGCCAAGUGCCUAACUAAGCUGUGAUUCAGGGACUCUCUGGACACAGAACUGACAUCGGCAGCAAGCUUUUGCCUUUAAGCCAUUCUCUAAGGGGACGCUGCCAUAUCUGAGAGGAGCCAUGAAUCCCCUCGGUCUGCUUUGGCUGGGAGUCUGCCUUGGCCUGACCUCUGGCUGCCCCGCAGAUUGUGACUGUCACCGGAAAUUCAGCUUCCAGAUCGCUGACUGUGCCUAUAGAGACCUGGAGGCCGUUCCCUCUGGCUUCCUCCCCAAUGUCACCACACUGAGUCUCUCCGCCAACAAGCUGACAGGCCUGGGGGUGGCCGCCUUUGUGGAGGUCCCUUUGUUGCAGUCUCUGUGGCUGGCGUACAAUGAGAUCAGCAGCGUGGAGCCGGGGGCCCUGGCUGUUUUAAGCCAAGUAAAGAGCAUCGAUGUGAGCCACAACCGGCUCGCCGACUUCCCCUGGGGAGACCUGCACAACCUGACUGCCCUGCAGCUGCUCAAGAUGGACAAUAACCACCUGGUGGCACUGCCCCAAGAUGCCUUCCUGUCCCUGCAAGCACUGAGGUCACUCCAGCUCAAUCACAACCAGUUCCUCACCAUCGCCGAGGGCACGUUUGACGCACUGACCUCACUGUCCCACCUGCAGAUCAACAACAACCCGUUCAACUGCUCCUGUCGCCUCCUUUGGCUCAAGGCCUGGGCUGAGGACACCCAUGUCUCUAUCCCCGAGCGCAACUCCAUCACGUGUGCUUCUCCACCCUCUCUUCAGGGGGUCCCCCUGGCACGCCUGCCCCCACAGAGGUGCACCCCUCCGACAGCACGGGUCUCUCACCAUCCCAGCCUGGACAGUGCUGAGGUCCAGGAGGGCUGGGCCCUAGCACUGCACUGUGCCGCCAGCGGGCACCCUCAGCCCCAGCUGCAGUGGCGGAUCCAGACCCCCGGGGGAACAGUGGAGCUGCGCAGUCCCAAUGUCCAGAGAGAUGGGCAGGCCUUGGCCGGAGGCCCCAAGCACCCCCGUUUCCUUGCCUUUGGGAAUGGCAGUCUGGUUGUCCCCCAGUUCAGCCGGCUGGAGGAGGGCACCUACACGUGCCAUGCAAAGAAUGAGCUGGGGCACGCUGAGGGCUCAGUCAACGUGACCCUGGCGACAGCAGAGAGCCCCCUGGAAGAUCUGCUUGUCCGGAAGUUUCAGGCUAAGAGGGGGGGCGGGAAGGGCUGCUCCACCAUGGACAAUGAGGUGGUGCCCUCAGGUGCCGAAGACAACAUCGUCAUCAUUUACCUGUCCGGAAGGGGACCCCAGAAAGGCAAGGCGGGGGGGUCACUAGAGCUAGGCCUCUGGCUCCCCUUGCUCUGCUUGGCCCUUCUGACCAUCUAGCUGAAUGGCACCUGCCCCAUCCCCCACCUCCCAGUUGCCAUCUUGUUCCUCUCCCCGGAGCUACAAGGCUGCAAAGCUGCUGCGCUCUUUCACCCCUCCCCUAUUGGCGAUCCAGCUAUCAACAGGAAUGUUGCACAGCUGCUAGAAGGCUCCACCAGCCUCUUCAAGACCUAGCUCCUGAGAAGUGCCAGGCUGAGUGUGAAAGGUGCCUCAGAGAGAGAACCCAGCUCUGCCAAAGAGAGAUCUCAGCUCCGGUUGGCUGGCUGGCAGGCUGUCUGACUGGCUGGCAGGCUGUCUGGCUGGCUGGCUGGCUGGCUGGGUCAAGCAGCUGCCCCUGGAGGAGCCGGGGGCGGGAGAGCAUUUAAUCUUGGCCCCCAAUGAGCCAGUGAGAUUCUGGCUGCCCGGGCCAUUGCCAGGCAUGUUUGGCUAAGACCAGGCUUUCAGUCAAGGAAGUGUCUGAAGGAGCUGAUCUCUCCCCGGCUAGAUGCUCCUUUCCCCACCUGGAUUCUCCUCGCUGCCGCUCAGCCUUAGUAACCUCUUGUAUGUGCCCCGUGGGGGCUGCUCACUACUAUUAUUUGUCCAUAUUGUGCCCAUGCCUCUUUUGGAAAGGGAAGGCCCUGAACCUGGGGGGGGGGGCAGUUAGCCUCCUUGUCAGAUGUGAUGGCUUGGGAACCUUGUUGAAGGUGAUGUGAUCCAGGUGCCUCAGUUCCUAGAAUUGGAGGGAUGGGAAUGAGUGGAUAACCUACCAUUUUUGCUAGUGUAUCAGAUGCACUGGAGUAUAGGACUCAGGGACAUACUCCCAGCAGCAUUUAUCUUUGCCAUAAGCACCAUGCCUGGGAAUAAGACACAUAUUCUUAAAGUCAGAUUUCCCACAAGAAAUAAAUCUCAUACACCAGCAAAUAUGGUGGGUAACAAGAAAACUGUCUAUAAGCAGAUCAAUCUCCAUCUUUGGCAUUCAUUCAAUGGGUCACUCAAGGGCUGGAACCUGAAUUCAGCCACUCUUGUUAAAUCAUCCCAUGUUUCCUAGUUAUGUACCAUGUUGAGCCACCUCCAGCUAGGGACAGUGAACUAGCAUCAAAGCCCAGGCCUCCAGUUAGGUCAGUGGGUACAUCCUUGUGACCAGGAUACAGGGGUUCCUGGGAAAGGAGUGGGCAGCACUAGAGGUUGCCUAGAUAGAGGCCCGAGAGCCAACUGUGGUUUUCCCUGGCCACUGUUCUGCAUUCUCUGAGCUAAUGAAACAGCUUGGAGAGGGUAUGGAAAGACUCUUGGUCACCCCAAAAGUUGAAUCUUUUAGGUUUGGAUUCCUCUGGGGAAUGGAAGGCACCAUUUGGGGUUUGGACCAACUCUUCCUUUAAGACAAGAUCUCUUUUGAGCCUAGUCCUGGAGCCUCUACUCUUUGCUCAGAUCCAAACCAAGCCACUGAAGCACAGCCUGGCAUGUCUCCCACAAGGGUCACGGGAAAGCCCCAGAGGGGUCAUAGAGCUCUCAACAGCUGCUUGGUGGGAACAGCAACCGGGCAUUUUUUGGCAGACAAAUGAGGAGAGCCUGGCUCCUCCAUCUCCUGUACAGCUUUUAUGUUAUGCAGCCAGAUGGGAGGGAGGCAAACUAGACUUCAGUUGGUGAAGCGGGGAUGGAAGCAUAGGGAGCUUGGGAACUCCCAAGGAAAGUUUGAGGAGCAUCCUGAGGUAGUUGGGGGUCCCCAGAAGAAUCCCUGUUAUUCCAGGCAGUCUGGAGGUGAUAGGGAUGAGUCUGUCUGUUGAUUUGUCUAGGGAAUUUAGGGAUUUGUCUGGGAGAUUGACCAGAGGAGAUCUGCAGACUACAGAUAUCUAUAAACCUCAUGCCUUCCAGGGCCACUAGGAAUUUUCCUUUAGUCACCCUGACCCUUAUACUUUAGAAGAACAGUGAACACACACUCUCCGCUCUCCAGGAUCCUUUUCCUGCAGCUCGAGAACACCAAGGCUAGGGUCGAGUCAGCUUGUCACUUAGUAACUGACCCAUUGUGAGUUUGGGAGCCAGUAGCCGCCAAAUGGCUCUGCCUUUCCUGAGUUAGCUAGAGAGGAUGGUGCACAGAAGUGAAGAGCCAACUCCAGCUUCUCCCUCCCUCUCCUCCUUGAGUAAGACUCUCCCUGAGGCCAAGAAUUAAAUGUCACUGCUCUUCCUUUCCUGGGGAAGCCCAUGGUUCUGCUACCUGCCAGGUUUUUGGCACAGGGAUCCCUGAGGCACAGUUUAAUGCUCUGUACCCAAAUGUAGCUUCUGCCCCCUGCAAGAGGCCUGUGUCUUUUCUCCCUCAUUUCAAGUGAGGCAGAGUGGCUUGUGUAUGUUAUGUGUAAGCAGGAGGCCCCACUGGAAAGAUGAGUGCAGGGCCCACUAACCACCCCUGAAAUGGAGCUGCCCCUACCUCCAUGCCUCUCCAUGCUUCACUGCCCCCUGUCCCCUCUCCCCCCACCAUACAGAGCCCCCCAAGUUAAAGAGGGAACGGGUCAGAGGGCACAGCAGGCCUUCACUAGACCUGAGGUAACAAGAAACAGCUGGCAGGACCUGGGAAGUCACAGUCUCGUGGCAAAAUAGGGAUGCUUUGGGGAAACACACCUAGUGCUCACCUUGCUGACCAUUGCUAUCUUGCCCCAAACCACCCAAAGCAUCCUGAGGGGAUACUGCUCAGAGGUCAGAGAGUUCAAAUGAGCUAAAUCUACUGAGCUGAGUUACCUGCCCCACUGACCAGAGGCCAGAGCCACAGGGGGAUGGGGGUGUGGUUGGUGGAGGUAGGAAGAUGGAAAUUGUUGCUGUUGCUGCACACGACCUGGCAUGUACUGACUCACCUCACCAGGGUUGACUGAACCACCACAGGGAAGUUUGAGUGUCCCAUGUAGGCCCAAGUGGGUGCUAUACCUGCUAAGAUACCCAGUACUCAACUCCCAUUCUUGGAGAGGAGGACCAGCCCAUCUAAUGUCUCCUAUGAGCUGCUGGCCACAUGCUUUGAAUGAAAAGAUUCUCAGCUCUGGGGUCACCAACAAUUGGCUGGACUUCUCAGGAAGUGCCUGACUGACUCCUGAGCCCUGGGGAGGUACUCACAUUCUCUCUGAGGAGAUAGAACCCCUGAAGCAGAUUUUCUGGGGAGAAGUGGAGAGAAAAAAGUGGAGAGAGACGAGAGACAGAGGCAGAGAGAGAGUGAAAGUGUGUGUAUGUGUCAGGAAAUGGAUUUGAAAGAGCAAGAGAGAAACACUUUGAACUGGACUGUACCAGCAUCAGGGGACUGGUGUCUCACACCCUUUCAGAUGUCCCAGCAGAGAUGCUGUCUGCCCCAGUUCACCUCGCGCUGCCCAAUAUCCCUACUGGUCAUCCUGUUGCUCAUUAUAUAUUCUUCUUGUAUAAAAACUACCCCUGCGCUGGGCAUUUGGGGGUAGGAAAAGUGGGAAAAGGGCUCUGAGUAAUAAAAGAAGCUCAAACACCA